GAGGAAGGAGGGCCUCAGUGCUCAGAUGGGGACAGCUGUGUAAGACCUGAGCAGAGCACAUAGGAGCUGCCUGCAUUUGUCUGGCACGGAGGCCCAGCAAGGUAGAGGGGAAACUGUGGCAGGGGUGUAGACUGAUAUUCAGUCUAGACUAAACUGGACAAGAGUCCACUCUCUAGUGGCUAGAAUCUAGAUGUGAACUGAAUCUGGGAGGGUAAUGGGGUGGUGGUGGGGCUAGCUCUGCUGCCUACUACUGUGAUCUUAGGAAAAACAUCCUUCAAGACCCACCGCUGAGACAUGAGUGUGCAGCAGGAAAGGGAGACAGAAGAGGAUGAAGGCGGUGCCUCAGACACGGCGCCCAUGCUACCCCGAAGAAGGUCUGCUGAUUACCAUAGUUCAGUCGUGGCAUGUUGGAGCUGGCCCAUCCUGGCCACCCAAGGCCUCAGGACCCUGCUGCUGUCUGGCCAGGCCCUAGUUGGGUUCCUGGUUCAUCUGCUGCUCCCUGGGACAGUCUUCCUGCUGGUGUUGCUGCCAGCAGCUGCCGUUGUCUACCUGGGAUUCCUGUGCCACUCAAGGGUGCAUCCAGCCCCAGGGCCGCGGUGCCGAGCGCUGCUCUCCGACCGCGGCUCGGCGGCGCUCAUCGUGCUCGGAUUCCUCUCGCUGCCUCCGCUUCUGGUGCUGGCCGCGGCCGCGCGCUCGCUCCUGAUCCGGCAACUGCGCCCUGUUCUGCCUGGUCCCGCGAGGUCCCCUGAGCCGCACCGGCCGCCGAGGAGCCGCGAAGACCGUGUGCCGGAGGACGAGGAGAAGCAGUUCUGCGCUCGGGUCUGACGCCGGCGAAGUCUCUCUGCGCCCAGAACAUCCCCGCGGACCCCUUCCCAGAGCCGCGCGGCAGCCUCCAGGCUCUGAGCGCAGUGCUCCAAGCGGCCAGGAGAUGGCGACCGGGUCCCUUAGACCCUCGGAGGAAGAAGAGGUGUCCCUCGGCUCCCACCUGUGCUCAGCGCCCAGUUUGGCGGAUAGCUAUGUCCCCCCCAAAGCCACGCAUAGCUCUAGAAGCUCCAGUGUAGCCAGUAGCAACCAGAUUUCAUGGCUCAUCUUGAGUCCUCCAAAGUCAGCCUGUGACCCUGAAAAGGACAGAGAUCAGUUGGGUCCGUAGUCAAACUAUUACCAGAUCCGCUUUGAGAAAGGAUCUAGGAUCAGUGACUCAGUGUAAGUCCAGGGUCAGCUUGUUGUUUUUAAUAUAUAAUUGGGUUUUUUGUUUUGUUUUUAAGAUUUAUUUAUUUACUUAUUACGUAUACAGUGUUCCCUACUGCUCGUACGCCUGCACACCAGAAGAGGGCACCAGGUCUCAUAGAUGGUUGUGAGCCACCACGUGGUCACUGGGAAUUGCACUCAGGACCUCUGGAAGAGCAGCCAGUGUUCUUAACUGCUGAGCAGUCUCUCCAUCCCCCUUAAUAUAAUAUAUUUACUACAACAUAUAUAUAGUUAAUUAUUAGGCCUAAGAUUAUCACGGCAAUAUUAUCUAACUGCUAUCACAAAUACUAAGACACAGACACCUGUUAGAUUUAUAAUUACCUUAUUUACCUUGGACCAGGCAGAUAUUUCACUUACACUGUCUCAAUAACUUCACCAUCCAUCUCUCACCCCUCCCCCCAUCCAAUGCUGUCUACCUUAAUCCUCGUCAUCUGGUCUACCUUCCAUCCCUAAUCCCACAGUACUUCCUUGUAUUCUUUUUUUUUUUUUUAAUUUUUAUUUUUAUUAUUAUUUUUUUCAAUGCAGUUUAUUCAGGAACCUUGAACAAUCAUCGGACCCUGGGGAAAGCCAGCCCACAGCUUAAAUAGCCUCUGGGUAGCCAACCCCAGCGUGCCAUGUGGGCUUCCUUGUAUUCUUCAUCUGGGCCUUUCCACACCAUUAUUGGAGUCCUUUCUCCUAGGCCACGUGGUUUUUACUCCACACUAACCCAUCCUGGUAUCCUCUUUCUUCUAUCUUCUUGUGGCUCUCUCUGUCCUCCAAAGCACGAGAACCUUAGCCACGCCUACCCCAUUCUGCCCUGCCCAGGUAUAGGCUGUUAAAAACAGAGAUAGGUGUAACCAGUUCUUAAGGGCCCCACAUCAGACCAACCUCCAACAUAUAACCUAUUUUUAUUUAAGUUUUCUGCAUGUAUGGCUGUGUAGGCAUAUCACAAGCCCUGGAACUGGAAUUACAGACAGAUGUGAGCUGCAAUGUGCGUGCUGGGAAUUGAACCUGGUACCUCUGGAAAAGCAGCCAGCAGUCUUCCAGAGGACCCAAAGCUAUCUCUCCAGCUUGCAAUCGGGGUCAGGUUCAAUGUGGACCCAGAACUGCAGAUCAUCCUCUAACCUGGGUUCUUUCUUUUGAGACAGGCAGCAGAGUAAGAGCUCAGUUUACAAUGUGGGUAAGAUUUAUCUUUGUGUUUGGCAUGCCAAAGUUUUACUAACAUGUUCCUAUGGAUGGAUAAAUUAUCAUCCUCCUCCCUGCAUCUUACCUCCACCUCUUCCUCCUCCUGCUCUCCUUCCUUCUCCUCCUCUUUUUCCGCCUUCCAGGGCUUCAAACAUAUUAGAACUAGAAUCUUUUUUUUUUUUUUAAGUAUUCCUGGAACAGAACACCAAGCCUUAUACAUGUUAGGCAAGCACUCUAACAUUGAGCUAUAUCCUUAGCCAUGGAUUUGUUUUUAACUUUAAAUUAUAUUAAAAUUCAUUAUUUUUGAAUUUUACAUGUAGAUCAGGCUGACCUGAAUUCAGAGAUCUGCCUGCCGCCUGAGUGCUGGAAUUAAAAGGGAGUGCCACAACCUUCCAGCUUAUUACAUUUUUGUGUGUGUAUACAUGUGUGGGUGCCCGUAUGUCACAAUGUGUGUGGUGUAAGUCAGAGGAAAACUUUUAGGAGAUGUGGGUCCCAGGGAUGGAACUCAGGUUGUCAAGAUUGGUAGCAAAGCCUUACCACCCUAAGCUAUCUCUCUGGUCCUUGGUUUGGGCUUUUGUAAUGUUUAAUUGUUGGGGGGUGGGAGCUUUGAGACAUAUAUGUUCUUGUAAGCCCAGCAAUAUAUUAAAAAUAUGUGCAUUAUAAUUUA